CGCUUCUUUACUUUUCAUUUUAUUUUCAAAAUGACAUUCUCUUUUGCUCUUCCAAGAUUCUCUGGAUCUACAUUAGAACCACAAUCAGAACCUAUUAUGCUAUAUGAACCACAAUACUAUCAGAAAGGCGCAGGAAGAGCAAUGCAUCUCCAAUUAGUGCCUACACGGCCUACUCCACCUUUAAAACGGGCACUUAAACCACCUCACAUUGUCAUCCCACCACCCAAUUUCGACCAUAUGUAUAUAGACGAUCAAGUAUUCUCAGCGUGGUCUUAUGAAGAGGGAUCAACAGCGGCAUUGUGGGAUUCGCCUUGAUGCUCUGUAUUUUUCUCACGAUUUUGUACUACUACUACUACUUCUAUUGCUAUCAUUCUGUAAAUAUAAUAAUAAACCAUA